AUGACCCCAAAUGCCGAUCUGCCGUACUACGUUGGGCUGGCAGUAACAGACUUGGAGACAGCUAUUGGCCCCGCCAUGCUGAUACAGAAUCGGCAAAACCAACGCCCAUUCCAGACUGGAUACGCUUUCCUCAGUUAG